UAUGAUUUGGCCUUGUGGGCAUGUCAUGCAGAAAAACAAAGGCAUGAGUGAAGAAGAGAGGCAGUAGAGCUAAUUUUUCCGUCUUGUCUCCAGUUGGAUUUCUUGGUCAGUUUAUGAUUGUCCAAGCAAAAUCGAACUUCCAAGGAAACUGCACUUUCUCAGCUGGCCUUUUCUUUCGGCCUAAUCCGUAUGCUUGUGUUUGACUUAUCCGAUUUGUGUCAAAAGCAAUUUUUCUCUUUGCGUAGAUGAGGCUAUAAUGGUUUCGAGAGUCUAAAACAAAGUCUUGCUCCAUAGAGUUUGUUUACUCUAUCUGUUUCCGAAAUGCCAGAAAGAUUGACCACCUCUGAUUUGACACUGAACUAAGAGGGUGGCAGAAGCAGAGCAGCAAUGUUUUUGAUUGGUCUUCUCAGUUCUCAUGAAGAGUCGUUUUCUCAGCUUCGCCAUGCUUCUCUGUUUUUGUCUUUCUUUUGCCUGAGCCUCAACGAAACUUUUCAACUAGCUGUUUUCUUUUCUAAAACUCCUGCCAUCAUAGUGACACUGGUAGGACGUUAUACAGUCUUCCUCUAUUUUCCUUGCCAUCAUAUAAACUGCUCUUUCACUCCAGAACUUUAGUUUUAUUGCCAAUUAUAAUUUUCAAUCGACCGCCAAGAAGAAGAAAGAUGGUGUUCUGCACACUAGGAAUUUUCUCCCUUUCGCUUCGCCUUCAGUCAAACUUUGUCAAUUAUUACUGGAUUUCAAGCAUUUGAGAUCAUGGCCAUCGCAGCUGUGGGCAACAAUCUCAUCACAUAUGUAUUCGAUGUGAUGCACUUCCCCCUUUCAACAUCUGCUAACAUAGUGACAAAUUUUGUGGGCACCAUCUUCCUUCUAUCCCUGUUGGGUGGAUUCCUUUCUGACUCCUACCUCGGAAGUUUUUGGACCAUCAUCAUAUUCGGAUUUAUAGAGCUUUCCGGAUUUAUCUUGCUUUCUGUCCAAGCUCAUUUGCCACAACUUAGGCCAGCAGACUGCAAUAUGAGGAUUGCUGGAAACUCGUGUCAGGAAGCCAAGGGUUUCCAGGCAUUGAUCUUCUUUGUGGGACUAUACCUGGUAGCUCUGGGAAGUGGGUGUGUCAAGCCAAAUAUGCUUUCUCAUGGGGGAGAUCAGUUUCCUGGAGAUGACCCUAAACAGUCUAGCAAGCUCUCAUCUUACUUCAAUGCUGCAUAUUUUAGCUUCUGCGUUGGCGAGCUCAUUGCACUUACCAUCCUUGUGUGGGUUCAGACUCAUUCAGGCAUGCAUAUAGGCUUUGGAGUCUCCGGGGCUGUGAUGGCUAUGGCCUUGGUUAGCCUAAUAUGUGGCACUACCUUUUACAGAAACAAACCACCUCAAGGCAGCAUAUUCACUCCGAUUGCGCAGGUAUUUGUAGCUGCCAUUACGAAAAGGAAGCAAGUCUGUCCAUCUAAACCAGAGCUUCUUCAUGGAAAUAAAAGUGAUGUUCUCAAUCUCAACUCAUGUACAGUUGCAGGGCACCUGAUGCAUACAGAAAAGUUCAGGUUUCUGGACAAGGCAUGCAUUAUGACAGAAGAUGGGAUUACGAGGAAGCAGAGCCCAUGGAAACUCUGUACAGUAGCUCAAGUUGAGCAAGUGAAAAUAAUCAUAUCUGUAAUCCCAAUUUUUGCCUGCACUAUCAUUUUCAACACCAUUCUUGCUCAGCUCCAGACGUUUGCAGUGAAACAAGGGAGUGCCAUGAGCACAGAGCUGACGAAGAAUUUCAAAGUCCCACCUGCUUCUCUUCAAUCAAUCCCAUAUAUUACUCUCAUCUUCGUCGUGCCUCUUUAUGAAGCCCUGUUUGUACCUUUUGCUCGUCGAAUCACCGGCAAGGAAUCUGGUAUCUCACCAUUGCAACGAAUAGGCAUUGGGCUUUUCCUUGCAACUUUCUCCAUGGUGACAGCGGCUCUAGUUGAGAACAACAGAAGGAAAAUGGCCGAAUUCUCUAACCAGAAAAUAUCCAUAUUCUGGAUUGCACCACAGUUUCUCAUAUUUGGACUCUCUGAGAUGUUCACUGCUGUUGGGCUAAUUGAGUUCUUCUACAAGCAAUCUCUAGCAGGGAUGCAAUCCUUCUUGACUGCCAUGACAUAUUGUUCAUACUCAUUUGGCUUCUUCUUUAGCUCAGUUCUGGUUUCUGUUGUGAAUAAGAUCACCUCAGGCCUAUCUCACAAAGGGUGGCUGUCAGAGAACGACCUCAACAAGGACAGACUGGACCUUUUCUAUUGGCUUCUUGCAGUACUAAGCGUGAUCAAUUUUUUCAAUUAUAUAUUUUGGUCUAGGUGGUAUGUUUACAACCCAACUCUGGAACCCACUCAACUGCAUGAUCCCUGUGGAGAAGAGACUAAGUUCAAGUCCUCUAAGAACAUUGGAGAUGAAACUAUAGUUUAGCAUCUUUAAGUCCGCUGCUUAUUCUUUCUACCCCUAUUGACUAUUGUAUGGACAAAAUAGUAAAGAAAAUGUCCAUGUUGGAUACACAACCACUAUGUUGAAAAUGACCCCUUUUUGCCUUUUUUAAUAAUUGACUAUGUGAAAAGGCCUGCCGAGGCCACUGUAAUUAAAAGUAAAAGAGAAUGUUAGGGUUCAUACCAACCUAAGUUUUCAUCAUUUUUCUUUUCUCUUGCCUUUCUUUUCUUAUUCUGAUCUUUUCCCCACUGUCUUGUACAUGCCAUUGCCUUUUCUAUGAUCAUGGUGAGCAACAUAUCUUGUUUAAUAUGAAAAACUGUAGAUAUGGUG